CUCAUUACAGCGCCUCCUCCCACCCACCCAAGAGCUCACCUUCCCCGUCCUCUCGCACCUUAUCUUACUCGUUUAAAUACCUGGGUUUCUUCUCGGGGGGAGAGAGCUAGAGAAAGCGUAGAGCUAGUCAGAGAGAGAGAGAGAGAGAGAGAGAGAGAGAGAGAGAGAGAGAGGCGGGGGGCGGGAGGAUGGCUUUGCUGCAGAGCCAGAGCCUGCCAGGCAUUGGCUGCUGCAGCAGCAGCAUCGUCUUGGCACGAGCGAGGGUGCAGCAGUGUCUGGCAGCGGCGUCGCACUCACAGGCGCCCCUCCUGCAGGCCAAUGGCGGCAGGGCGGGCCUCCCCUCCUCCUCCUCGAUCCUUAAGGCUGGCAAUGCGAUCAGCUUCAGCCGGCGGAGAAGGAGAGACCUGCGCGUCGUCGCGGAGGCGGCCACGGCGGGGACGGCCAAGGUCACGCCGGCCUCGUCUGGCGGCGUCAGCCUCAGCGACGUGCUCUGGCCUUCUGCCGGAGCAUUCCUGGCCAUGGCGGUACUGGGGAAAAUGGACCAGAUGGUGGCGUUCAAGGGAGUAUCCUUGACGAUUGCGCCCCUUGGAGCAGUCUGCUGCGUGCUUUUCAGCGCUCCAGACUCGCCUGCGGCCAAGAAAUACAAUAUGUUCGUCGCGCAGAUUGCUUGCGCGGCCUUUGGCGUAUUAGCCCUCUCGUUGUUUGGGCCUGGCUGGUUAGCGAGAGGCGCCGCUCUUUCAGCCUGCAUAGCAUUCAUGACCAUCACGGGUACCUCGCAUCCUCCAGCUGCGAGCUUGCCCCUCUUGUUUAUCGAUGGCCCCAAGUUUCACAGUUUGCAGCUUUGGUACGCGCUUUUCCCUGGAGCUGCAGGCUGCAUCGUCCUUUGCUUGAUUCAAGAGGUGGUGGUUUACCUGAAGAAGAACUUCAAGUUUUGACUCAAGCAGCUUGACGCUAUGGAUUUUUGUGGAAGUGGUCCGAUUAAUUAUUCAAUCAUGUAACAUAAAUUACAUUGCCUGCAUUUGCGAUAAAGUUGUGAAAAUGAAGGUUUACUGUCUCCUGUCUUGGUUAAAGAAGAAAGAAGACUUUCCUUGAUACCUUGUGCUCAUCAAAAUGCAGUUGAUACAAAUGUGUACAUACCAUUCUCCCAUCGAAUAAAGUCUGACAAUUUAUUCCUUUUUCCUUCUGGUAGCAUCAAUCCUGUAAUGUAAUUGUGCAAAGUGAAAUAACCAGGAAUACUUUGUGAUAA